ACAAAGAGUAACCGAGGAGUCGACAAUGGGGAUAACGUGGAAGUGAACGAGAGCGUGGCGUGGUAAUGGUAGCGGCGGCGGCUAGCUAGCGUGCUAACAGCUAACAACAAUGAGCCGUAUUUGGCGCUCUAGCGGGCAAAAGUUAGAAUUUAAAGGGAAGGAGGAGGUUCAUCGCGACUUUUUGUGUUUUAUUAAAAUAUAGACAACACGCGCGAAAGGCAACCGCGUAGAUAAUCGUGUGUGUGUUGUUUUAAGACACGCGUGUUGCACAUAAUUCAACGCAAUAGCCCGGUAGCUUUUUGUUUGUUCACUUCAGAAAACGCUGCAGCCCGCUUUUUGUUUCGAGCUGUCGCUUGCAAACAAACCCGCAACCGAACAAUGUUUCGUGUGGGAUAUCUUCGUUGUCUCUUACACUAGUGAAUUCCGUACAGUUUCCAGUGUUAUUGAUGGUAGUAACAUUGGCGACAGAUACCGACAGUAAAGCCCCGUGUUGUGGGUGUAACGCCGUGUGAUUGACCUUACGUUAACGUUAACCGUGCGGACUGUCUGAAAAGUUUGGUAGUCUGCUUUAGAGGCUUACUUCUUUUUAAAUGUAACCGAGUUGGUUAUUGUGUUUACUUUCUUUUACAAUGCAACCAAUAACAUCGGGUCGUAACGUCCCUGGUUGUUUGUUUUUUGUUGUGUUUCGCUGUUCCCGCGACUUGGCUUUUUAAAUUACAAACAAACUCGGUUGCCGCUGCUUUGGCCAAACUUAGUGGUGCUGUUUCCGUUGUUUGUGCUCUUUUAUUCGCAAUUAACUACUACAUAACAGGUUCCUUUUUUGUCCACAACACUGACCAAACUAGACUAUGUUUGGGUUUCACAAGUCAAAGAUCUACCGGAGUAACGACGGCUGCUGCAUCUGCAAGACCAAGUCCUCCAGUUCUCGGUUCACAGACAGCAGUCGAUAUGAAGAGACGUUCAGGCUCUGUUUUGGGCUGUCAGAAGAUCGCGUUGGAGACAUCUGCAAUGCCUGUGUGUUACUGGUGAAAAGGUGGAAGAAGCUACCCAAUGGCUCCAAGAAGAACUGGAACCACGUGGUGGAUGCCAGAGCUGGACCAGGCUUCAAGGUGACAAAACCCAAGAAGAUCAAGAACAGUGAUGGAAAGAAGAAAAGCAAGCUAAAGAAGCUUCACAAGUUGAAGAGACAAACAGACUCAGAUGCCCACAGCACAACCUCCAGCGUGUCUCCUGCACAGUCCCCCAGUUACAGCAACCAGUCAGAUGAUGGCUCAGACAUCGAGUCCAAACAAAGACGUUCGACUCCCUCCAUCUUUUCUUUCUUGGAUCGUUCGUACUGGAAAAGACAAAAGGUGUGCUGUGGGAUUGUCUAUAAGGGGCGGUUUGGAGAGGUGAUUAUUGACCCUCGACUCUUUAAGCCCUGCUGCAGUUCCAAAAAACAGAAGACACUGGUGUCCACGCAAGUGGCCGCACACCUACCAGACGCACUUCCUCCACAGCUCCCAGAAGACGUGAAAGAAACCUGGUGAUGGCUUUCGUUGAAUCCCCCUGUAGGGUUAUCCAUGGCAUUCGCCUGGAUUUGUCUCCAGUGGCAGACCUCCAAAUUUCCGCUCCUCCAAUUAUAUCUGUUAGUUAGAUGUUUCUUUUCUAUGUAAUAUUCCUUUUUUUAUAUGGGUAUUUUUUAACUUUUGUAUAAAGUUGAUUUUCUUUUUUUAUAGAAAGCAAAAGGGAAAAAAAAAAACCAUAAUGGGCAUUAGUGUUAUUUAUAGGAUGAGGAAGAAAAUUUUGUUGAGGCUCCGUUUCUGAUUUAUUUUUUGGCUAUUUUGUAUCAAGUGAUCAACGUUUUGUAAAUAUUUUGUCACCUUUUCGUACAUAUCAAGACUGUUCUAAUUUUUUUUCAGGAUUUGUUUCUAUGUUUGCAUAUGAAAGACACCAGCUAUUUCUAAAACCAGCUUUUUUGUGUGUGUUGGAGUGGCUCUUCAACACAUCGCUACAAUGUUUUGUCUUAACAGUUUGCUCCAUAUGUGCAAAUGCGUGAGUCUGUAGGAUUAUUUUUAGUACACAAAUGGCUGUCGGUUACACCAGGGAUCUUUAGUACAACUGUUCUCUCGAGCUUUUAAUGUGUGUGUAUAGAUGAGAACGAAUAAUCUCUCGACAUUUUCACGGCUUAAGCAUGCCACAAGUUUGAAACACUCAAUGCAUGCCGUACAUUCCCCUGCCUUUUGGAAUGACAAGUGAUUUAUUUAUUUGUUUUUGUACAGCCUCCAAUGAAAUGACGAUGCAUGUUGUAAAGCAAAUGUUUUAAAAAUGGAUUUUGUAAAUACACAAUGUUUUGGCUCUUGGUACAUACAAACCUGUUUUAGAUUACAGAAUGGCAAACCACUACUUCUGUAAAAGAGAAAAAAGAAGAAAAAAAAUGUAUUUGAGUGUCUGAAAGGUGCUGUACUUUUACGCUAAGCCAGUUGAUAAGUUUUAGCACACUUUCACAUCUGAUUUUCUCAUACGCAUUUCUCUACAGGUGUGCAAAGCUGUAACCUAAGCUCUGUUUAGAAAUAUUUGUGAACUGCAGGGAAAGCUAGAUGCCUAAUUGCUGCAUCAGUGAGCUGCAAUAUCCCUUUUCUAUUUGAUUGCUAAGGGCGUGCAGGGAUCAGAAGAUUAACGGUUACUCUACAUUUUUGCCACGAAAAUGCUGGUAGAGAAAAUGUGUUUGUGAUUGUCAUCGCUGUGAUUUAUCUUCAGAAGCAAUUUGUCAGAGUUCAAACUAUGCAGACAUUUUGAAUGUGAGAAGUGCUCUGGGGGUUUUCUAUCACUUUCGCUGAUAAAGUGUAAAGUGAUGGAUCCUUAUUCAACCAAAUUGGCUUGUUAAAAGCAUCCAUUAUUUCAGCAAUAAUUUACACUUUACUAAUCACAAUUCAUUAAUGUCUCAAGAUAUGUCUUAUGUGUGUCAUGUUAAAAUUAUGCUCAGAUUGCACAGUUUAACCACGGUGCAUACUGUUUCUCAAAUUAAUACUGCAGUGACAACGGUUUUUUGUUUUUGUUUUGCAUUUUGCAACCAAUCUCAAACUUCAUGAAUUGACAGGCAAUGCUCUGUAAAGUUGCUUAAUAUAUAAACUUUUCUGCGGCAGGGUAGUUAAAUGCUGAACAUGUUUUAUGAUUCUUAUUAAAAAGGAGAAAUGCUGCUCCCUUUUAAGCUGGGAAAUAAGCUUGUUUUUGUACUUAGGGAGUUGCCAUAUUGUUUUUGCGA